ACACCAUUUUAUCACCUAACGCUACCAAGUACGUCAAAGUGUACCUCUGUUCUUCCUCCAAAAUAUCAAAAUCCUCACCCAGAAACUGAUCAAGAUAACACACUCCAAGACAAAGAACCACAAAGAAAGAAGAAGACACAUACGCACACCAUGAAGCUUGUUUGGUCCCCAGAAACAGCCUUAAAAGCUUACAUAGACACCGUUAAAUCAUGUGAGAAAUUCAAGGAAUCUGGGGUACCGGAGUUGCUCUCAGCCAUGGCUGCAGGAUUUAACACAAAGUUCAUAGUGGAAUCAUGGUGCUACGGUGGUCCUAUAGCGGCAAGCGUGGGCUUAGCAGUUGCAGCUCGCAACACGGGUGCACGGCACGUGUGCAUAGUCCCGGAUGAAAAGUCGAGGGUGCGGUACAUAGAGGCCUUGGCGGAGAUGGGGGUGUCUCCGCCGCCGGAGGUGGUGGCGGGGGAGGCGGAGGAGGCGGUGUCGCGGCUGGCGGGGCUGGACUUUCUGCUGGUGGAUUGCAAGAGGAGGGAGUUCGCUAGGGUUCUAAGGGUGGCCAAAGUUAGUCCUAAAGGAGCAGUUUUAGCAUGCAAGAAUGCAUGGCAGAGAAAUUCGCGUGGCGGGUUCAGAUGGAGCGUGGUGCUUCAAAGGGGUGUGCGAGUGGUUAGGUCAGUGUUCCUCCCUGUUGGGAAGGGUUUGGAUAUUGCAUACAUAGGAGGUAGUAGAAGCGGUGCACCACCACCUCCACCACCACAAAAAACCGCUUCAAAUGGUGGUCCUUGCCGUUGGAUCAAGCACAUAGACCAACAAUCUGGAGAAGAACACCUCUUCAGAGAGUGAUCCAUUUUGUUCAUAUAACUUAGAUAUAUAAGAGCAUAAUUAAAUAAAUUAUUCAGACUCCUUAAAAUAUUAACA